GACGGGGGGGGGAAAAAGAGAACACAUGAGUCAACCAACAACAGGGGGGGGGACCGAGCGAUCCUCGGGAUCUUUCUAGUCCUUGGGUUGACGACAUUUGUCAAUAUAUGGUGGCCGACGCAGCGAGCUCGGCACAGGUUCAAUUAAACAGACAAAGGCCUGCUUUGUGACCACAGCAUCUGAACCCGAUUGAUCGAUAUCUCGUACCCGAAACCAGACCAUCUCAAUCCCAAUCCUAAUUCCAAUUCCAAUUCCAAUCUCAAUCACGGAUCCAGCCCACGAGAAAAGAAGGAGAAACCCCCCCCCCGAUCCAUCUGCCGCCAUCGCUCGUGUUGCCCCUCACCUCUCUCGCGUGACGGAACCCCUCCUCACUACCUGGGCGCAGCAUCCAGUAAUCGCAAGAUUCUGAGGGAAAAAGCCAAAGAAGGCGCAAAGGGGAAAGAAAACAAGACGACGAGACCACCGAAUUUUGUCCGUCAAAACCCCAACUUUGCACCUAAUUUUUUUUCCCUUUCCCUCUCCUCCCCUCCGUUGCGCGCGGGGACCGACCGUUCCUUGCGCCAUCUCAUCCAAAUCCGACCCGAACAGCCCCUCCCUCUCACUACCCCCCCCCUCGGUGUUCCUCCGUCACCACUUUCGCCGACGGACCUCGAACCUCAACUUCAACCUCAACCUCACCACCUCCGUCGACCUUUCCACUCCAUCCGCACUCUCUCCCGCGUCUCGCUCGCUCUCUCCCUCCUCGCCCUCCCGUCCCAACCACCGUCACCACUAGCCACCAGCCAUGCCUUCCUCCACAAUAGACCAGUCCAAGUUCGACUCCAUCCCGGACGCCAUUGAGGCAUUCCGCAAAGGCGAGUUCCUCGUCGUCCUCGACGACCCCUCGCGCGAGAACGAAGCCGACCUCAUCAUCGCCGCCGACGCCCUGACGACGGGCCAGAUGGCCUUCAUGAUCCGCCACUCCUCCGGCUACGUCUGCGCGCCCCUCGCCCCCGAACUCCUCGACCGCCUCCGCCUGCCCCUCAUGGUCUCCUCCAACGAGGACCCCCGCGGCACCGCCUACGCCGUCUCCGUCGACGCCGCAGACCCCCUCGUCACCACCGGCAUCUCCGCACACGACCGCGCCCUCACCUGCCGCGUCCUCGCCGACCCGGCCUCCCGCCCCGACCACUUCCGCAGGCCUGGCCACGUCCUGCCCCUCCGCGCCCGCCCCGGCGGCGUCCGCGAACGGCCCGGACACACCGAGGCAGCCGUCGACUUUUGCAGGCUCGCCGGCAAGCCCGAGGCCGCCGCCAUCUGCGAGCUCGUCGACGACGGCAACCCCGUCGAGGGCGCCGCCGUCCACGACGACGCCGGCAUGAUGCGCGGCGAGCAGUGCGUUGACUUCGCGAAGCGCUUCGGCCUCAAGGUCUGCACCAUCGCCGAUCUCGUCGCCUACCUCGAGAAGACGGAGGGCAAGCUGGCCGUCAACGGUUCGUCGUGACGCACCCGUGGAGAGAGAGAGAGAGAGAGAGAGAGAGAGAGAGAGAGAGAAUCUGUACGGCGUGAGAGUGUGUGACUGAGUGAGUGUGAUCGGGCGACUCUGGAGAGGACGUGGUCAGGUUUGCUGCGCGCACGCGUGGCACACGGCGGGGAAGCAGGUCAGUCGGGAGACCGCCUCGGCUCACCGAAACCGAGCGAGCCGCCGAGUAGCAACAUGAUGGGGAGGGGCCGGUUCGGUGUGGGUUGGGAAGCGUAAAACGACAUCGAAUGUCAGUAUAUACAUACUUAUAUCCAUGGAUAUCGAUCGAACGCGGGUCAGUCAAAAAGAAAAGAAGAGUCUUCGGCGCUUGGGUCUUUUUCUUUUUCGGCAUCAACUACCAACAGCAAAAUAAUGAGAAAAACGGCUUUUUCUUGACAAAUCUCCCCCCCCCCUUC